GGCAGGCAGCCAGUACGGCCGAGUCAUUCCUCAGAGAGAUUCCUCCUCCUUGUCGUAACCUGCCUUCGUUUCUCCCUCUCCCCGUCAAUGCUCCUCAGAGUGGUGGUGACGGGCACACGUAAUGGCAGACUGUUGCAGACUAGACUGAGUGCACUAGUGGAAGGAGGAGGAGGGUUAAGAGGGAUAAAUACGGGAAUAAGACGAACGGGAAAAAAAAUUGGCUCACGGGCGAGUUUUUUAGCCUCAACUACCCUCGGCUUCUUCUCCACUCUCAGGUUACACCAAGCAGCAUAUUCAGCAACUAUGGGAGUCAAGGUGCAGAUGGACACGAUCGUCAAGUCAGAGGAGGACCAGAGGCAGUACCGGGCGCUCGUCCUCGACAAUGACCUCAAGGUUCUCCUCAUCUCAGACCCGGCCACGGACAAGUCUGCUGCUGCUCUCGAUGUCCAUGUGGGCAGUAUGUCAGACCCAACAGAGCUGCCUGGCCUGGCCCACUUCUGCGAGCAUAUGCUGUUUAUGGGCACCAAGAAAUAUCCGUGUGAGAAUGAAUACAACAAGUACCUCUCAGAGCAUGGCGGGUCCAGCAAUGCCUACACUGCAGCAGACCACACCAACUACUACUUUGACGUGGCUCCUGAUGCCUUCUCUGGGGCGCUGGACAGGUUUGCACAGUUCUUCGUGACACCACUCUUCACUGAGGGAGGCGUGGACAGGGAGGUGAAUGCCGUCAACUCUGAGCAUGAGAAGAACAUCCAGAAUGACUACUGGAGGCUAGCGCAACUGGAGAAAUCGACAGCUGACCCAACACAUGACUUCAGCAAGUUUGGCACGGGUAACAAGGACACUCUGGACAUCAUACCUAAAGAGCAGGGCAUCAAUGUGCGUGAUGCCCUGUUGGAGUUCCAUGCCAAGUGGUACUCCUCCAACAUCAUGGCCCUGGCAGUGCUGGGCAAGGAGAGCCUGGAUGAGCUGGAGGAGAUGGUGUUGUCACUUUUCAGUGAGGUGGAGAACAAAAGUGUCUCAGUGCCAGAGUGGGCUAGGCACCCCUUUGGCCCAGAGCAGUGCCGCAAAGUGGGAUACGUGGUGCCAGUGAAGGACAUCCGUAACCUGUACAUCACCUUCCCCAUCCCAGAUCUACACCCACACUACAAGACUGCUCCUGGCCAUUACCUGGGGCACCUGAUAGGACACGAGGGGCCAGGGUCAUUGCUGUCCUACCUGAAGGGGCGGGGCUGGGUCAACUCCCUGGUGGGGGGUCAAAAGUCGGGUGCCAAGGGGUUUGCUUUCUUCGUGGUGAAUGUUGACCUAACAGAGGAAGGCAUUGAGCACGUAGAGGACAUCGUGACAGCUGUGUUUCAGUACCUCAACUUGCUGAAGAAGGAGGGUCCCCAGCAGUGGGUGUUUGACGAGUGCAGGGACCUCAGCUCCAUGACCUUCCGCUUCAAGGACAAGGAGCAACCUCAGUCCUACACCUGUGGCCUGGCGGAGCAGCUACAUUAUUACCCGCUGGACGAGGUGCUGUGUGGCGGCUAUUUGCUGAGUGAAUUCAAACCGGAACUCAUCAACAUGGUCCUGGAACACCUCACGCCUGAAAGUAUUAGAAUUGCAGUGGUAGGCAAGGCACUGGAGGAGAAGGUGACUUGUACAGAGAAGUGGUAUGGUACCUGCUACAAGAUGGAGUGUGUGGAGGAGGAGCUAUUGCAAAGGUGGAGGGAUGCUGGCUACAAUGACCUCCUCCAGCUGCCCUCAAGGAAUGAAUUUGUCCCUACUAACUUCGACCUGUACAAUGACCCUCAGGAAACCAAUCGACUUCCGGAGAUGAUUAGCCAGACUCCCUUCGCCCGAGUGUGGUUCAAGCAAGACGAUGAGUACAAACUUCCCAAGGCUGUUGUGUUCACAGAGCUUUUUAGUCCUGUUGCUUACCUGGACCCCCACCACACCAACCAGCUUCACAUCUUUGCCCAGUUGUUCCGUGAUGCCCUCACUGAGUACACCUAUGCAGCUGAUUUAGCUGGCCUCACCUACUCCCUGUCUAAUAGCAAAUAUGGCCUGACGCUGCUGGUGAAGGGCUACAACGACAAGCUGCAUGUCCUGCUGGAGAAGAUAAUGGAGCGCAUGACGUCCUUCACUGUUGAUCCCAAGCGCUUUGAGAUCCUUAAGGACGCUUAUGUGAGGGGGCUGCGUAACUUCAAUGCUGACCAGCCACACCAACAUGUUGUUCACUACACCUCCCUGCUGCUGGCUGAGCACGGCUGGACCAAGGAGGAGCUGCUGGAGGCUACUAAUGAGAUGACGGUAGAGACAGUGGAGGCAUUCAUUCCUCGCUUCCUGUCGGGGCUUCACGUGGAGAUGCUAAUCCACGGCAACAUGAGGAAGGAGAGUGCCGCCACCCUAGCCACCACCCUGCAGGACCAGCUCACCUCUAGGGCACACACGCGUCCACUCCUGCCCUCCCAGCUGGUCCGCCAGAGGGAAUACCAGCUGAGGGAUGGGAGCAGCCAGAUGUACAGGGCAGAGAACUCAGUGCACAAGAGUUCAGCAGUGGAGACGUACUUCCAGUGUGGCAUGCAGGAGACACACAACAACAUGCUACUGGAACUCCUCUGCCAGAUCUUUGCUGAGCCAGCCUUCGAUGAGCUAAGGACAAAGGAGCAGCUUGGGUACAUUGUGUGGUGUGGCAUUAGAAGGGCAAAUGGCACUCAAGGUUUGCGGAUCAUCGUGCAGGGCGACCGACACCCUGAGUACCUCACUUCCAGAAUAGAGGCGUUCCUGCACAAGAUGGGAGACAACCUAGAGAAGCUGCCAGAGGAGGACUUUGUGCGUCACCGUGAGGCUUUGGCCAGCAGACGUUUGGAACGGCCCAAGAAGCUGUCACACCUCACAGGCAAUUGGUGGGCUGAGAUCACGUCCAACCAGUAUAACUUUGACCGUGACGCCCUGGAAGUGGCCCACCUCCGCACCCUCACCAAGGACGAUGUGAUUGACUUCUAUAAGCGAUUCGUGAACAGCACUGCAUCUCAGAGGAAGAAGCUGUGUGUACAGGUGAUCUCUAUGGCCUCGGGUGGAGCAGGUCACCCCGAUACUGUGAACCGAACCGAACCUGAUGAUGGCCUCUCCCUCCCACCGCCGCUGAGAGAGCCUGAAGUAAUCACGGACAUUCCCGAGUUCAAGCAAGGACUGGCCUUGUACCCAUUGAUGCGGCCCCUCAUCCCUGUGUCCUCUAAGCCCUCCAAGUCAAAGCUGUAACUCGGUACCUAGUAAUGAGCUGAAAGAUAAUUCAAAGGACUGUAUUCUGAAACACUUCUGCAACUCACCAUUUUCAAUAGGCUGUAGUUGAGGUGCCAUUGGUUUUAAGGGGUGUUUCUAUGGUUCCAGUGACAGGUUUACAAGAUUUGUGCAUUAUUUACUGGAGAAGCACUCUUGAGAACCUGGCUGAUCAUUUCUGUGGCCUUUGGAAAUAGUUGUGGUUAGAGAGCAGUGUUUUAGAAUUCUGUUUAAAAUUUUUAAAUACGGGCCUUAGAUUUACUAGAGGCAGGAAGACAACAGAGGCAGAAGUACUCAGCAGCUGUAUUAAGGAUUACUCGCAGUAUCUCCACGUCUUUUUGUACUGUUAAGUUUGUUGCAGCAUUGGAUUGACUCUUUGUAUUAUUACUAUCAUCACCGUGGAAAAAAAUAUAAUACAUACUGAA